AAUUGGUUUCAUUGGGAAGGUCUUUCUCCCAACACUUUCAUCCUUAAUUAGUUCUCUCUUCAUUCUCCACUACUUAGCAAGAAGUUGCUCCAAACUCAGAAAUCACUGCCAUGAAAGGAAUGGAUCUGUUCUGUUCUUCAUCUGCUUCCACAGCAGUAAACUCCAGCACAUACCAUCGUUCCGUGGCACGUAAAAGCACCAAAAGGCAUGGCAGUGUUAGAAGGAAAAGCCAACUUCAUGUCCCUUGUUCAUCCAAAUUACCCAUCAAUCCUAAGCCUCACCAUGAGAAGCAAAGAAAAAGCUCAACAGAUAAGCAAAACAGUGACAUAAGUAGAAAAAACUCAGUGACUAAGUAUCUCCUCAGUGACAUACCCUUCAUUGAUUGGGUGUCUGAGUCUGUUAAAAUCUCAGCAAUGGUUCCUACUCAAGUAACUCAACCUUCACACAAGCCCACCCAAGACCAGGUUGUGGUUUUGAGGGUGUCAUUGCACUGCAAGGCCUGUGUAGGGAAAGUUAGGAAGCACAUUUCAAAAAUGGAAGGAGUAACAUCAUUCAGUAUAGAUAUGGAGGCAAAGAAAGUAACAAUCAUCGGUCGCGUGACGCCAUCCGUGGUUCUGGCAAGUGUCUCCAAGGUGAAGAAUGCACAGCUGUGGCCAUCUCCAAUAUCAUCAUGUCCAUCAUUGCCUUCACCUAUCCCAACAUCUAGAUUGGUCAACAUGAGUUAUUAAUUAGCAUAACUUCUUGAAAUCCCAAUUCUUCCCCAGCACCACCUCCUUUUAUCUGUCUUGUUUUCUGUUGUUUGGUACAACUAUGCCGAAGUGAAUGUGUUUGUUGAUUAGAAAUGUGAUGACCUAUCAAGCUUGUAAUGUUUGCAGAUUAAAAAAUCUCCCCUAUUAGAUGAGUGAAUGGAAUGCAGCUUUUUCUUGUCGUUUAGUGUUUAUUUAUUACUGAAGUAGAAUUGGUUGUUCAUAGCAUAUUUGGAUCAACUUCUUUUUCAUCAGAAUCAAUUCUGAAACACAGAAGUUACUCACUGAAGCUUCUUCCCAGAAUUGAUUCUCGCUU